AUGUAGCCACAAAACUGGAAUAAUGCAGUCAUCCAAAACCUAUAAGAUAUGAUCAUUACUCAAGCUGAUAGAAACAUAUUCUUGAGAUAAAGUCAAAAACUUAAAGUGUUGCUUACAAUCCCACCUAAGGAAAGGACAGAUGAACAUAUUAAGUAGAUUAGUGUUUUAGUACAGGUUUGUAAAAAAACCUCAUUUAAUAUACAAUUAGAGUGUGAAAUUUAUUUCCCGAUAUCGUGAGAAGCCAUAUUACAAUGAAUUGUGUCGUAAUUUAUAUGUAAAAACAUUCCAAUAACGAAAAACAAUAUUCAAAUAAGGAGAUACAGGAACAUGUUUUUAUGUUAUUUUAAGUGGACUAGUUAAAAUAUAUGCUGAUGAGCCUACUUGCUUUUCAGGAUACUUCAAAAAGAGAGAGGUUGCUGUACUUGGGAAAGGUAAUUGUUUUGGUGAAAUUGCAUUAUUUUUUGGAUCAUAAAGAACUGCAACAGUAAUUGCAGAAUCAGAUUGUGAUUUACUAAUGUUAGAUAAAGAUGUGUUUUAAAAAUAUAUUUAAGGAGAUUCAGAAGAUUUGGAUUUGUAAUCAACUAAUUUAAAGGAUGUUAGACGUUUCCUUAAUACAGUUUAACAAUUUUCCUUAUUUACUCCAGAAGAAAUUGCUCAAAUCAGUACUAAAUGUCAUAAAUAAAUACAUUAAUAAUAAACUAUUCUUUUGAAAUAAGGUGUUGUACCUAAAUAAUUAUUUAUUAUUAAAAAAGGAAGAGUCCGAGUAAUAAAAAAGAUUGAAGUUGGUUAUUAAUAUUAUGAAUUAGACGAAUUAGAAUCAGGUACUGUAUUUGGUGAUCAUGCUUGUCUUACUGAUUGUAAAUCCGAAUACACAUAUAUAACUUCGAUAGCAAGUGAAAUAAUACAUCUUAAUGGUUUUGACUUAAAAUAAUAUGUUUCAUAAGACAAAUUAGAUAAAUAUGUCGAAUCUAUUCAUUUUUAUCCAGAAUCAGAAACUCUUUUUAAAAUGUAAAUAGAAGAUCUUCAAUGGAAAUAGUACAAAAAGUAAAUAGUAUAAAAUGUAGUCAAUGAUAAAUUGAAUAGCAGGGGAUUUGAUAGAAGGAUGAGAUUACCUGAAUUAAGAUAUAAAUUAUUAGAUGCUCCAGAUCAGUAGAUUUAUUAGAGAGCAUUGUAAUAUUAUUAUAUUAAUGAACUAGUGUAUUAUAAUAGAGUUGCAGAACUCCAUAACAUAAAUAAUUGUUCAGAAGAGAAAUCGAAUCCUUGCGUAAUUAGAUAUCUCCAAAGAGGAUGAAACGAUUUGAAUAAAAUUACUUAUGA